AUGAAGGUCCUUCUACUUUUGGGCCUCAUACUCUUUGGUGGCCUAUUCACACCAAGCUUGGCCCAGCAGGAAACCUCUGAGUCUGGCCAGUCAUCACAAGCAACUGUGGCUCAGGCAUAUUCAUCAUUUCUAGGAAACAUUUUCUCAUUUGUUGGAAAAGUGAUAAAAACAGUGACAGAUGCAAUAUUUAGGCCAAGAAGUCGACCAGUAGCCACAACCAAAGCACCAACAGAGGCGCCAACAGCUGCCCCAACAGAGGCACCAACAGUUGCCCCAACAGAGUUGCCAACAGCUGCCCCAAUGGAAGCCCCAACAUCAGCUCCAACAUCAGCCCCAACAGAGGCACCAACAGUUGCCCCAACAGAGUUGCCAACAGCUGCCCCAACAGAGAGGCACCAACAGCAGCCCCAACAGAGUGGCCAACAGCUGCCCCAACAGAAUUGCCAACAGCUGGCCCAACAGCAGCCCCAACUGAAGCACCAACAACUGCCCCAACAGAGCCCAACAGAGGCACCAACAGCUGCCCCAACAGCAGCACCAACUGAAGCACCAACAGCUGCCCCAACAGCAGCACCAACAACUGCCCCAACGAAGGCACCAACAGCAGCCCCAACAGAGUUGCCAACAGCUGCCCCAACAGCAGCACCAAGUGAAGCACCAACAGCUGCCCCAACAGAGGCACCAACAGAGGCACCAACAGAAUUGCCAACAGCUGCCCCAACUGAAGCACCAACAGAGAUACCAACAGAGGCACCAACAGAGGCACCAACAGAGAUACCAACAGAGGCACCAACAGCAGCCCCAACAGAGUUGCCAACAGCUGCCCCAACAGCAGCCCCAACUGAAGCACCAACAGCUGCCCCAACAGAAGUAGCAACAGAAGCACCCACAGCAGCAGGGACAACACAGACAACAGCUCCGCCAACACGCACAAAACCAACUCGGACAAAACCAACUCAGAUAAAACCAACUCGGACAAAACCAACUCAGACAAAACCAACUCGGACAACAUCUCAGACAAGAUGGACAAAGACAAAAUGGACAACAACUCAGAAAGCUCCUCCUUCAAAACCAUUGUUAUAUUUUGCUAAUGAUGUACAAAGUUUCUUGUUGAAAGAGAAUAUUCCAUGGGCUAUACAAAAGCUUUUCAUAAAAACUGUGAAGAACCCACCAGCACAUCUUAAACACCUACUAAAACCACUGCAAAAAGUGUUAUCUUCUACUGCGAUAAAACUUCUCACCCUCAGUAGUGAUGCCAAACAAAGUAAAGAUAGGCAUCAACAAAAUACAUAUGCCAGAACAGUUUUGGAUGUAAACAUAAAAACAUCUCCUGGAACAUUUACUGCUGAGGUAAACCUGGUAAGCAAAUGUGUCAUUGGAUCGCUGCUGAACAAGAAAGGAACACCUCACCUGGCCCUUGAGCGUUGUGAAACUUCCCUUGGACUUAUUAAAGUUAAGAAAAUGACAAACAGGAAAAGACCUAUUAAUCGAAUACCAAAUGCCCUGAAACAGACUCUUCCUUCUGUGGCAAAUCAAACACUCUACCAAUUGAUGAAAACUUUCUUAAAAUCAGUAGAUUCUACACUGCAAGAUUUCAUAGCCAGGCAACUAUACUCGGGGGAUCAGAUUCCUUCCUAAACCUCCAAUGGAAGGACAACAAGCUUUUCCCCUCAAAAUAGUUCUUGGCCAGGGGAAGAAGAUGGCAAUCUACUGUGCUGAAUUUUCUCCUGCUCCUCUCCUCCUGCUUGAAGGAUCUCAAGGCCAAAGGACAAAUUGCUGGAUUCAGGGUCAAAUGAGAGGAAAUGUUUUCACUGUGCAGGGAUCUUCCAGGCUUUCUUUUCCUGGGUUUGGAGAUACUUUCCACACAUGAAAAUUGUCUCUGAAUAGCAUGUUACUUCCUCCCGAUUUCUCUUAUAAUAAACUCCUGACUCUCUCAACA